AAACUCCCGAAAGCAAAAAAAAAAUUWGACAACCCUCCCCUAUUGAGCAAGAGAGGCUCUGGAAAUCAACAUUUGCAAAUUUACUGGAAACAGUGCUUAUGCCUGCAACCUUCGCCACUCCUCCUGCUAUAUAGGCUUUUUUUACCUACACCUUUCCUCACAAACGAAACGUAUCUUCGGCUCUCUCUUUUUCGUUUGCCCGAGAAGCUUUGUGUAUUGUUUAAUACUAAGCUAAAUAAGUUCUACUCGCUUGCCAUGGCUCAACCACCAUCGUUUCAACCAGAGUUUGUCCCAUUGAAAGGAAAUGAGUAUAUGCGUCGUGAAGACCCUCAUAGAGCGUCCAAGUUCGAACAUACCGCCGUCUUGGGACUGCCCCAGCCCGUUGUGCCUCAGCCCAGGGAUCACAUUAUCUGGUCAAUUUGCAGCCUCGUGUACGGCAACCCAUGCUGUCUCGGAAUGUUAGCGGUGUAUUUCUCCAUAAAGUCCAGGGAUAGGAAGAUGGUUGCAGACUUGGAGGGAGCAAGACAACACGGGAAGACUGCACGCUGCUAUAAUGUUGUGACCCUGACCCUGUUAAUCGCCGGGCUGCUCUUCUGCCUCAUCACCUAUGGUAUCAUCAUCUACCAMAUUGCACACUGAGUAGUUCCAAUCUUUGCUUUUGUAAAACGUGUUCAUUUGGAGCCUAGCCAGAUGUUACACACCUCUCUAGGAUUGUGUCCUGAUACAUUUCGGCUCAUCUCUUAAACACACACCACAGAAGUUCCUUCAGCCCUGUGUACCAGAGCUUAUUUGGACUUUAGUUUUUUGUUUUAAGGAUACAAGAUGAUUCUGCUGAAGUUCCAUUCAAAUGUUAUUUUUUAUCAAUAACAUUUUUUAAAUUGUAAAUGCA